AUGGCAAAAUCAUAUUCAAAGACUGAAUUUCACAAUUUAAUGGAGAAGGUGGAGACAGUUGAUGUUAGAAUGAAGAAUUACUUGGAAUUAGCGGGAUAUGAUAAGUGGGCUAGGUCAUAUGUUGUUCAUAGGGGAUGGACUUUGACAUCAAAUAUUGUCGAGUCAAUUAAUGCUGCACUGGUAUCGGCUAGAGAACUAUCAAUAUAUGAUUUUCUAAAACAGCAAGCAUUGUAUACUUUUACGGAUCUUAUAUGUAAAUUUCAACAAAUUCUUCAACAAAAUGAAGCGAAGUGUACGCGUAUGAAGUUGGAUGAGAUACCGUGUGUUCAUGCUUGUGCAAUUCUUGAUAGCAAGAAUUUUAAGAAGGGACUAUAUUGCUCUGAUCUUUACAAGCCAAAAACAGUCUUGCGAACAUAUGAUCUUUCAGUUUAUCCUCUACCACACAAAGAUGACUGGAUAAUUCCUAAGAAAAUUUUGAAUGAGAUGUAA